UUGAGUUCUAAAGGAAGCUCAAGAUUUUGUUUUAGCCAACUUAUGCUACAAGUGAAGGUCUGGUGUGCUUUUAACUUGAAUUAGGACGUGUGUCCUAUACUUUUAACUGUUUGAUUCAAGACAAGAGAUGGAUGACGAUGAACGGCAGAGGAAACUAGAAGCUGGAAGAGCGAAGCUUGCUAGCUUCCGACAGAAGCGGGCGAAAGGCGACGGUGCGGGGGCGCCGAAAAAGACGCAGAAGAGGAAGGGCAAGGCUGUCUCGCAGAAUGACGGAGCGACGCAAGGCCGAGCCGUAGAACCGGCGCUGUCCUCAGCCAAUGACGUGGAGCUGAGCGAGAAGACCGAUCACGAGGAACCCCAGAACCAACCACCGAAGGAUCCGCCCCCCCCCACCCUGGAGCCAAGAUCGUCCGCUGUGAAUGAUUUUAGAGAAGGCGAACUAGUUGCACUCACUGGCAAAGAGCAGCUCAAGCAGCUCCAGCAGGCUGUGGAGAAGCGUAAUGAGAUAAUUGCUCGGCUCAGCUCCAACCUGCAGGAGGCGCUAGCCAGCAGAGACCAGGUUCAACUGGAGGCUCAGUCACUUGCUGGACAGAUUCAGGCGCUGCAGAGACAGCUCCAGCAGACCAGUAUAGAGUUUCUGCGCAUCAAAAGUCAGUCGGGGGCUGAAGUCCUCAACACCCCACAACAGCAUGGCCAUUGCUUCCAAGAUGCAGACCUCAAUCAGAAGGAGGCACCAUCGGAGGAAUCAGGGAGUGCAGGUCCUGGCUUCCAGUCGAGUGUUGAAGGCUUUAGCACUGGCAAUGGCGGUGAGACCGGCACUGUUUUACACAAAUUGAGGGCCGAGCUGGUAGAAGAAAGGCAGAAUUGCCAACGUUUGUGUGCUGAACUAGUGGAGGAGACGGAGAAACACCAACAUGUGCUUUCUUUACUGGAUAAGGAGAGGAAAGACAGGGAAGAGGAGCUACAAGACCUCCAGGCCCAGUUAAGCUCAGUGCAGACUCAGUGCCUCGAGAUGCAGCAGUACAAAGAGGAGAAGGAGAAGCUGAACAGAGAAGUGAUCGAGCUGAGGAACAGGCUUCAGGAGGAAGACGACACAGAGAGGAGAUUUAGUGAGGAGGUGGCCAGCUCUGCUCUUUGUCUCCAGAGACGGGAGGAGGAGAUGCAGAAGCUCAAAGAGGAGCUGGAGGGAGUCAGGCAGCUGUUGGAGGAGAGGGAGAAAGAACUGAAGUUUAGAGAGGAAGAGGUCAUCGGACUCAAAGCUUCGAAGAAUAGGCAGAACCAAGCAAAAGCUGGUUUCAGUUGUGAGGAGAAGAUGAGCACAGAUGAGGCCAAUCUGGAGAGCGGACCUGUGGAGGACAGCAUGAAUGUGUCGCUACUGGGAGAUAUUCUGAUGGAGCGCUACCUGUCUGCAGCUCCUCCUGCACUCUCUCACUCUUCAUUGGUCAAUGAAAGCUUUGAACACUGCAAUCAGCUGGACUGCUCUGCAGACUACAGUUUUGAGCUGAACAGUGAGGUGUUGGGAGAUGAGCCUCUGUUGUCGAUUUCAAACCGUUUCCCCGAAGAAAGCGUCAACCUCCAAAACACGUCUACCCCGCGGUGCUCGCCUGGCAUUCCUGUGGAGGAAAAUUCUCAUCCUUGGCUUCAUGACUCCUCUUCCGGCGAGCUGGAGACGAGUAAAUUCUCUGAGCGGCAGUUUGAGGAAACUGAGGAAACUGACCUGGAAAAGGAGCUGCUGAAUCAGCAGUGUGGGGAGCUCCGUGAGGAGCUGCUUCUCAAGGACAGGGACCUGAAUGUGUUGAGGGAGGAAGUCAUCAACAGUGCUGAGGAGCUGGAGGAGGCCAGGAGCAGGUGGGCCCAAGUAACAGAAGAGCUAAAGCAGGCUCUCUGGGAACUUGAAGAAGAGAAGGAUACGAGGAGACACGUAGAGGAGGAGAUGAACUUGAAAGCCCACGAUCAAGACAACCUGAAGAACAAACUCGGUGCCUUAAUGGAAGAAAGAAAAAAAGAGAAUGCAGUGAUGUUGUUUGGAAAGGAGGCUGCUGAAACCUCCCUGCUGGGUCCUGCUACCUCUCCAUCAGAGGGGGGAAAUAAACCGGUAGGGGAGCAGGAGAAGGAGGCUGCACUCCCGUCUCAUCAAAAACAGCAGGAGCUGAUGUUUUUGUCUCUGCAGGAGAUGAAGCAGCCUGAAAUGUCUGCCAAACAGAGUCCGGAGCUCAGCCACGACAGCCGGCUGCAAACCCUACAGGCUCAAUGUGAACUUCUCAUGUCGGAGCUAGAGGAGACAAAAACAACACACAAAACCAUAACCGCCUUACUGGGUCAAAGGACUAUGAAGCUGGAUGAAACAUUAAAGGAGCUCGAAACGACUCGCGCGCAGGUUGUAAAUAUUAGAACAGAAGUUGAAAGACUGCGGGAAGAGCUGGAGAAGAGCCAGGGCAGUCUGGACAGUGCUGAAAAGGAGAAGAAUGAACUGGAGUCUCAGAUCUUCUGUCUGAGACAAAACCUGGCCAACCUGGAGGAGGCCCAAGCCCAGGAGAGAGAGGAGCAGAGGAGAAAAGAGGAGGAGAUGGAUGACCGGAUUAAGAAGAUGGAACAAGUCUUAGAGGAGGAACUGGAACAGUUUGAGAACAUGCUAAAAGUGAAGGAUGUUGAGUUGGUCGAGGAGAAGGAGAAAUGGGAGGAAGAGAGACAGGAGAAGGAGAACGAGCUCCUCGAUGUGAGGCAACACCUGGAGGAGCAGCGAAUGGAAAGGCAGGAGGAGGUGAAGGCUCUCCUGGAGAAGCAGCUCGCGGCUGUUGAGGAGGCUGCAGAAAGGCUCGAGACAUUUCACCAACAGCAGAUAAAAGAUAUGACGGAGAAACAUCAACAAGAGAUUUCUGAGUCCAACAAUCAUCUGCAGUCUGAACUGCUGAAGCAGAAAGCUAUUAUGGAGGAAGAACAGAAGAGACAGAUCAGCCUAAUCAAACAGGUGACUGAACGUGAGCACGAGAGGAUGGUUUCAGAGCUGACUGCCAAACACGAUGAGGAGCUUAGUCACGUGAGGAUGGAGGUGUCCUUGGAGCUGAGGGAGAGCAUGGAGGCGGCCCACCAGGCUGAACUGCAGCAGGCACAGGUCCAAAAGAACAGUGAGCUUGAAGCCUUGCGUCUGAGCCUCACUAACGUCCGCACGUCCCAGCUGGAGCAGGAGACGUCUCUCACCAAGGUCUCUUCCUCCCCGAGGGAGACCUUCGCCCAGGAAAGUGCCCUUCUGCAGGCCCGGCAUCAAUUAGAACUGGACCAGAUCAGACGGCAGGAGCAGCAGGAGAGACUGUCCGAGCUGCACCAACAAGACAUGAAUGAGUUGAAGCAGCAGUGGGAGACUCGUGUUGCUCUGGAGAGAGCGGCCAUGGAGGAGGAGCAGGCCAAAGAGAUGCAGGCUCUGAGGUCACAGUGGGAUAAGGAAGCGGAGAGCACCCAGUCGAACCUCCAGACAUCUCUCUCAGAGACCCAGAGCAGCCUUAACGCCACCCACAUGGAGCUCGCCAGCACCCGUGUCUGCCUCAACCAGACCAACAAAGCUCUAACUGAAGCCCAGACAGCUUUGUCCCAGACCCAGUCAGAGCUGCGGGAGUCAUGGACCCGGCUCCAGGAACACCAGGCCUCCAGUAAGGAGCAGAACCAACAACUGGAGGAGGAGCUGAAACAAGCCUGGGCUGACAGAGAUGCUGCUGCCCGUGCUCUGGAGGAGCUGGUUUCUAGUCAUAACGCAUUGCUGAAGGAGAAAGAGCAGCAAGUACUCCACCUAGAGGAGAAGAAACAGCAACUGCACCUAGAGGUUUCGCGCCUUCAAGAGGAGAAGACCUCGCUAAAAGAGAGGUCGGAACAAGAAGUAGGUCAGCUGUGGACCCAGCUGGAGAGCAUGAGGACCAGUCGCCAGGAGUUGGGAGAGCUGAAGGAGCAGCUGCUCGCUCGUUCAUCUCGUGUCGAUGACAUUGAGCGCCUGAAGACUGAGUUUAAUGAACAGAAACGGGAAAUCAAAGAGCAGAAUGAGGCUGAGCUGGAAAGCCUGAGGAGGUACUUUGAGCAGAGAAUGCAGGCAACAGAGGAGAGCUACAGAGAAGAAAUUGCUUUGCUUCAGCUGAGGCUGGUGGAAAGUGCCUUGGAAGAGUCCGUGCUUAAAACAGCAGAUGACAGUUUCAUAUCUCAAGGCAAAGCUGAAGAGGAAAAAGAUCAUGUGCUCUCCGAUACUGGCCUCAAACUGGAGAAACACAAGGAAGCGCUCGAUUGUUUGCGCCUUCAGCUGGUGGAGAAACACACAAUGGAGCUUGCCAAUCUAGAAUCUUCUAUGGCUCUUUCCUUUAAGGAAGAGCUGCGACAGGUGCGCUCAGACGUCACUGACCAGUACUAUGAGGAGCUGCAGGAGAAGAUGACUCGUCAUGCCCUGGAGCUAGAGCAAAUUAGUGCCAAACUUUCUGACCGUCAUUUACAAGAGCUUACCAGAGUUCGUUCAGAGGCAGAACAGCAGGUUGAGUCGGAGGUAGAACAGAGGAUGUGGUGUCACACUGAGGAGCUGCAGACCAGGCUGACCAUCAUCCACACACUGGAGAACAGACUGUCUGCCUUGAGUAAGCAACAGGAUGCAGAAAUGCAAAGGAACACACAAAAGCUGAAACAGGAGUUUGCUGAGGAAGCUCUGAAACGGGAGAGGGUGCAUGUUCAGGACGAGAUGAAGAGGCUGAGAGAAGAGCUCCACGAGGAGCACGACGCUGAGCUCUCUGCUCUUCAGUCAAACCUUCACAGAGAGACGGCGAAGGAGAUGUCACGCCUUGAAAAAGCACUUCACGAGGAGAAGGAGAAGCUAAAGUCUCUACAGGCCGCACUGGACAAUGAUGAGAGCCCACAGGUCCUGAUGGUGCGUCAGAGAAUGGAGGCCCAGUAUGACGGUGAGCUACAAAGGGAAAAGAGCUGCAUAGCUGCAGAACUCAAGGAGCUUACUGCUCUCCUCCAGGAGCAAGGGGAAGAGCGGCUACGCCAAGCACAAGACAGGUUCCAAGAGGAAAAAGCAGCAUUGGAACAGAAUUUGGCCCAAAAAUCUGAAAUCUCUCUGGCAGAGCUACAGAAAAAACAUCAAACUGAACUGGAACACGAGAGAGAAACACUUCUGAACAAACACUCCCAAGAGAAGCACGCACUCGAUGCCAAACACAAAACACAACAAGAAUCACUUGGUGCCAGUCACAGAGAUCGGCUUACAGCUACUGCCGCUGAACUUGAAUCCAAACACAAAGCGGAGCUUGUCGCCUUAGAAGCAGCCCUCGAUUCCAAACGAAAGGCUGAUCUUGAAAGUCUGGAGGCCGUUUUUCAGGAAACCAGUGAGGCUCAGCUCGAGGCUUUAGAAGCCGAGUUGACUCGCAAACACCAGGAAGAGAGGGAUGAACUGGAAAAGAGGAUGCUGGGUAAUAUGGACACUUUGGAGGCCACGUACCUGAAGGAAGUGCAAAUGCUGCGUGAUGAAAUGGUGCAACUUGAAGAGAGACAUCGUCAAGACAUGACUCUCCAGAAGUCCCAACAUAAGCAGAUAAUGGAGCGCCAUGGAGCAGAGCAGCUGUCUGUCAGAGAGGAACUGAGGAAAGAGCUGGCUCAUGUGCACAUGGAGAAGUUUACUGCCAUGGCAGCAGAGCUCAGCCACAUUCACAAGACUGAGCUGGCUGCUCAAAAAGAGGCCUUAGAUACAGAACACUGCAAAGCUCUGGAGACUCUUAAGAAGCAGGUUUUGGAAGUGGAGCAACAACACAGCACUGCUCUUCAGGAGCUCUCGCAUACCUACACUGCUGAGAAAGAGCAACUCAUUGCACAGCAACAGCUCCAGCUCCAGGAGUUGAGGGCCGUCUCUGCGCGGGAAUUGGAGGCAUGUCGCAGGGAGCUGGAAGAGGAGUCAUUAAGGCAACGUCAGCACUUCCUAGAGGAGGUGGAGCUCCUCAAAGUCCAAUCAGAGGAGAGACUGCAGGACACGAUUAAUCAACUGAAGACGGAAUUUGAAGAGCAGAAGGAGGCGGAGCUUGAGGACCUGAAGCGGAGCGUCACUUCUGAACAGGAGGAGAAGGAGCAGAGCUACACGGGCAAAAUGAGUCAGCUCACUAUCCAGCUGCAGCAACUGGAUGCUGUGGUGGCCCAGCUGCGAGCAGAAGUUGGCUGUCUGCAGGGGGAGUUAGAAGGGAAGCGCUCGGAGAUGGAGACUCUGGACACUCUCCUCCAACGAAGGGAGCGAGAGAGUCAAGAGGGAGGCAACCUUCUGAACAUGCUCACUAGUGACUUGCAGACUGCUAAAGAGGAAAGAUGUAAACUGCACAAGGUCAAUGAAAAACUGAGGAAGGUGCUGAUUGAGAUGAUUAGCAGCACCAUUACAACAGAAGACCUGAUUGGACAAAAGAUCAGUGCCAGAGCCCAAACAUCUGAGCAGGCGACCCGUCAGAGGAGCUUAACGGGGAACAAAGAUGCACAAGAAUCCGGUAUUUCAGUGGCGGACGUGUCUUCAGAAGACAUGGAGCUGACCCAGCUGCUCUGUGAGAGCCUGCUGGUUUCAGAUACUCAGAUCAGUCCUGGGGGAGAAGAAGCUGCUCUGAACGCCUGCAGCCGACUGCGUCACACAGUCGAAACACUACUGGAGCUGCUCAACCAAGCCAACGCGCAGCUGGAGCAGACUCAUGAUGUCCACCUUUCUCUGGAGGAGAAGUUCUCUCAGGGCAGAGAUGACUCCGCCCAACUUAUUGAGCAGCACAAGCUCCUGAUGGAGCAGCUUGAUCAGGAGGCGAAGCUGAAGAGUAAACUCCAGCUAGAACUUCACAAGGCAGAAGGGCUUCUGGAGGGCUAUGUGGCAGAGAAAGCACUCCUAGAGGAGUCUCUGCAGCAAAAGGAGGUACAAGAGGAAAGACUAGCGGAGGAGCUGGAGGACCUGAAGGUGAAGCUGCACCAGAUGCAGGUCCUCCCCACAGAGCUGGACAACCUCAGACUGAAGCUUCAGGAGCUCAGUGAGGAGCACACGCUGCUCCUCCGGCAGAAGGAGCACCUCUCCACUGGUCUGGGGGAGAGGGAGAAAGCUCUGCUGGCAGAGACGGAGCAUUUAACCCAGGAUAGGCUGGACUUGCAGCGGCAGGCAGAGAAGGACCACAGCUCUCUGUCGCUGCACCUCAGGGCUCUGGAGAGGGAGCUGGAGGAGCAGGAAACGAAGGGCCUGGAGACUGAGCAGCACCACAAAACCCACACCGAAGACCUCAACCAGCGCGUCCAAGCACUUGAGAAGCAGCUGAAACACGACAGGCAAUUUAUAGAAGAGCAGGCUGUGGAGCGUGAACACGAGAGAGACGAGUUCCAGCAGGAGAUCCGAAGCCUGGAGGCCCAACUCAGACAGUCGUCCAGCGUGGAUAACAAAGGACACAGGUUUCAGGACUUGGUUCUGCAGGUGGAGAGUCUACAAGCUAUCAUUAAAGACAAGACGGAUGACCACGCCUCCUUGCUUGCAUCCAAUCAGCAAGCGCAGCGCGACCUUACAGAGCGCAAUGAGGAGAUAGACAAGCUAGCCGGACGAAUCCGAGAACUAGAGCAAGCUCUGCUAAACAGCGCUGAGAGUCACGGAUCCAUCAGUCACCUGGAGCAAGAGCUCCAGAAAGCAAAGUUGAGAGAACAGGAGCUCACACAAGAUAAGCAGGCACUGGAGCAGCAGCAGCUGUCCAACAGGCUUCAGAUCUCCGCCCUGCAGUCCAAAGUGGAUGAGACGAGACACUGUUACCAUGAAAACACGCGCGACCCCACUCAGGAACUCAGCGAUGUGCUGGACACCGUGCAACAGAGCCUGCAGAGCAAAGAGCAAGAGGUCGAGGUCCUGCUUGGCCAACUGGAGACGGUGCAGAGGGACCUAAGCCUCAAGGAGGUUGAACUAAAACACCUCGCACUACAGCUGGAGCUACUGACCAAUCAGAAUGCAGCUCAGGUUGACGAUUUCCAAGAACAGAUUGCUGCCCUAAAGGAAAAUGUGUCCGCUCUCAUCAUACUCAAGGAGGAGCAGGAGGAACAAAGCGAGGUGGAGGACACAGAGGAAGAGACGCUCUCCUCAGCAUUUCUCCAGGACAAGAAUCAGGAGAUCGACCAGCUCAACACGGAGAUCCAAAAACUGGAACAGGAAUUGGAGAACACCGGGGACAACAAGGCUUUGGAGGCGGAGCUUGAGGAUCUGCGCUCACAGGUGGAACACCUUCGGUCUGAAGUCACGAGAGUGCGUCAGGACAAACGCGAAGAAGAGGAGCGCCUUCACGAGGUCAUCAGCACGCUGCAGGCCGAACUCGCCACAUUAGGCCCCAACCUGCAUGAAGUCAGUGACUCUCAGGACGGUGACAGCAUUAACCCCUCGCCGGCUCCCAGCCCCGAACCGGACCAUUAUACCAUCCAGGGACAGGCGAGGAGGGGAGGGCCGAACAGCCUGAAGCAAGAGCUCAGUCUGAGUCGCUCUGCCUCGUCGCGUUCCCUCCGAUCUCGUCUCAAGGCCCUCCAGACUCAGCUGGAGACUGCGGUGGCAGAGAAAGAUGGACUGGAGCGAUUACUGCUCACCCAGGAGGAAGAUUUCAGUGGACACGGGGAGGAGUUCGGAAAGAGGCUGACAGCUGAGCGGGAGAGGGCAGAUGAACUCCAAGGUGUCCUCGCUGUCAAGGAAGCUGAGCUGGAGGAAGUCAAAGCCCGGAAAGAAGAAGAGACGGGGAAGAGGAAACUAUCAGAAGAGGAGAGGGACAGUUGCGAAAUUCAAGAGAUGAGCGCACUGCAUGAGAAGAAUGUCCGCCUCAGCUCUCUGGUUAUGGAACUCCAAAAGAAUGAACAGGAGAGCGUGACCGAGAUCGAGAGUCUAAAAUCAAAAGAGCAGGAAAUGCAAACCGAAAUAGAAGUCCUUCGAGAAACCAGUCUCACUCUUGAGAGACAAGUCCAGGAGGUUAGGGCCGAGAUGGUGGACAUGGAGGCACUGGUUGCUGAGGAAAGGACAAAGCUGAAAACCCUCAAGAUCGUGAUGGGAGAGCUUUCUGCUGAACGGGAGGCACUGAGGAGGAGGGAGCGGCAACUCCAGGAGGAAAUCGAAAGGCUCAGGCAGGAAGUGGCUUCCAUGAGAGCUUGUAUCCAGGACCUGAUGGGUCGACUCAGUGAGAAGGAAACCAGUCAAGAAGAGGCUCAAAAGGAAGUGCUGGCCCAUGCUGAGGUGACUCUGGCUAAAGCAGACGCUGCCUUGAGACAAAGGGAGGCUGAACUCGCCAGACUGAAGGAGGAGCAUCGGGCUCUGAGUGCCGAGCUGACUGCGCUGAAACAGGAUCUGAGUACCAGCUCAGAGAGGGCUGAGAAACUACACGAGGAGGGACAGACCAAGGACCGUGCCUUAGUCGACCUGGAGACUGAUAACCAGCGGCUGAAGGCGGAGCUUCGAGGUUUACAAGAAGACCUGGCUGCACUGGAGGAGGAACUAUCCUAUCAGCAAAGAGAAUACCAGCAAGGAUACCCACAGAAGGAUAUUUCCCACAGAUCUUUUGAGGAUGUUGUGAGCGCGUCUCGUGACGAAGCCUCUCUGAGCUCUCCCGAGGUUUUAAGGAGACUCGAAUGCUCCGAAGACAGAAUCCCAGAACGGUUCCACGGCUCUGCUCUCGGCUCUCGUCUGUCCGACUUCAGCGCCCUGAACAGCACAGGCCUGGACCUCCACCAGGUCAAGAGCUCACCCAGGGUGGUGAUGGAGCCUCCACACUCCAGGACCAUCACACCAGAUCCAGCCACACAGAGCACCCACUCCCCAGGCUCCGUGUCGGUGUCUGACAACUUCUCCAUGCUCGACUCGCUGGACACUGAUAAAGUGCGUGAAUUGGAAGAACUUGAUCUAACAGCACCUCCUUCCUCCCUGGGCUCCGACUCCUCCUUGUCGGCACCAGAAUGGGCCAGUGAUGGAUAUGGCAGCAAUGUGAGUUCAGAAUUGGGUGCGAGGCUGAGAGUAGAGCUGGAACAGACUGAAAGGCUGGACGCUCAGUUUCUUGAGUAUCUCCACUGCCGAGGAAUGAACCCCACAGUCAACACCGACAGUGCUGCAGGCAGUAUGAGCUACAGUGAUGACCUGUUGUCACCUGAGCUUCAGGGUCUGUUGAAGAAGGUGUAUCAAGAAAGCUGCCGAAUUCUCACAUUGUCCCAACGCCGCGCCGCGUCCUCAACGCAACCUCAUGUCUCGGACUUAAGAGCCUUCUCGUUGAGUCAGAGAGAGCAUCGUUCUGAAGAUGGCGCCAUCACACUGGACCAGCGGGACAACGCCUCCUCCAACCCCCCCAUGAGCUGGCAGCAGGAGAAGAGGGCGCUGCAGGAGACUGUGAUUGCUCUCCGAGAGCUGCUCUGUCGAAUGGCCCAGAGACACACACGCACUGACUACAGAGAUGAAGAUGACGGGCACAGAGAUCAGCUCCAAACCGACGGACAGGGUGACUCCCACCUGAGGACUGAGCUGGAGGAGAGCCAGAAACAACUGAAAUGUGCUCAUGACACUCAGCAAGAGCAGAAGAACAAAAUUCAGUCAGUCAGGAUGGCUGUAGAAGAGGGUGAGGAAGCGUUGAGACAGGAGCAGAUGAGAGUCCAGGAGCUUCAACAACAACUGGAGCAGGAGAGAGCUCUGAGUCUCCGUAAGGACAGAGAGGAGGAGGAAAGGAGAGAGGCUGUGCAGGUUUCCUCUGAGCAGCAGAGGUCAGAGGUCACUGCUCUUAAGGGUCAGGUGGAACAGGAGAGGGUGGCCUGCAGCAACCUCAGACGGGAGCUUCAGAUUGAACAGUCCCGCAGUGUGCUGCUGGAGAAACGCCUAGAAGACGCCCAGAAGGAGCUGGAAGAUGAACGCCAACUUUCUGCUCACCAACGAGACCUCAACUUGCAAGACAAGACUCGUCUUGAGCGCCUCCUGACUGAAGCACAAUCUUGCCAAGUAGAAAUUCACUCCAAGCUCGAAAACGCUGGCAGGAAGUUGGAGGAAGAGAGAGACCGUUACUCCAGGCAGGUGGGUGAACUCUGCCGCAGACACGAGGCGGAUGCCGCCAGAGACGGGAAGUUCCUCUCCGACAUGCGUGCCCAGCUGGAGCAGGAGCGAAGGCAGGGGGAGGAGCUGGUAGUUGAGAUGGACAAACUGAGAGCUGAGCUACUGCAGAGCAGGAGGAAAUGGGAAGAGGAGGACAGAACGAGGAGGGUGGAGCUGCAGAGGGAGCAGGAGGCUGCCGCUCGACAUCGUGUAGCUAUGGAGACCUUGAAGGAGCAGAAACGGGAAACCAGCUGUGCUUUAGAGAUGGAGCGAGAGCGGUCCAAGCGCCACGGGGUGGAACUGGCCGAGCUGAAGGAGAGACUGCGACUGCUGAAGGACAAAGAGAGGGAGAGGGAGGACCAGUGGGAGAGAGAGAAGAGGAAGGAGAAGCAAGAGCAGAUGGAGACGGAGCGACGACAGGACAGGACCAACAGCAAACUGUGCGAGUUGGAGCUGUUGAGGCAACAAGACCAGCAGCGCAUGCAGGAGCUACAGCGCACUCUGGUAGAGCUGGAACGAGAGGAGAGAGAGAUGGCUGCUCAGAGGCUGUCUGGACGACCCACAGGGCAGCAUCACACGGCCGCAUCUUCACAGCAUCGCCAAAGCGACUUCCAGGCCGGCAGUGCGCAACUAAACCAGCAGACGUCGUCCAUGCCGUCGUCCCCCAGUCUGCCGGAAAGGUUGCUGAAGGAGAACUCUGAACUUACAGAGCGAGUGACGUCCCUAAGUCAGGAGAGAGCCGCCCUCAAACACACACUCGCCUGCACGGAGCGACAGCUGCGGCGCACAGAGAACGAGCUCGCUAAGCUCACCACCGAAACUGAGAACAGGCCCAUCAAUGAUGUGACCAGCAACAGCAAGAUGCAGCGCUUGUAUGAGCGCUACCUCCGUGCCGAGAGCUUCAGGAAAGCUCUGGUGUACCAGAAGCGUUACCUGCUGCUGCUGGUGGGAGAUUUCCAGCAGUGUGAGCGGGACACACUGUGUCUCAUCGCUCGCAUGGGGGCCCGGCCAGCCCCCCCACUCUCCCACAACAGACCCCUCGGACGAUUUAGGGCUGCCGUUCGAGUCGUCAUCGCUGUCUUGAGAAUGAAGUUCCUGACCAGGAAAUGGCAGAGAGCAAUCAGAAGAUUAUCUGUAUCUGGGACCGUCAAUGGGCAUGCUCAAGGGCCUAAAGCUGAAGUUUUAAGGCAACAACAUCCAAGAUUAAAGUUCAACUCUCCACCAAACAGAGACAGCAGUGCCGUCCACAGAGACACGGUGUCGGCCCUUGUUCCACCCACAAAAUCGCCCUUCAGGUUGCACAACAGGGUUUACUCCAGCACCAGUCUGGGCUCAGAGCAUUCAGGAGGAACGUCUGAGGAUCCAGAGAGAUCUCUGACAGAAUACAUCCACCAUCUAGAGAAAGUCCAGCAACGGUUGGUGGGAGCGAGACAAGUGAGCGAGACUCAUUUAGCCCCGCCCCCUAAAGAUGAAAGGAGGAUACAGUCAGCCUAUUCCCCUGAUAUGAUUGGUUAUCGGCAGCGCUGGCUGCAUGAGAAUAGGACGUGGCUGUACCUGAGCUGCUUGUCGCCCCUUUACCUGAAUGGUCCAGGUUCAUCUGCUUUCCAGCCCGACCCGAAGUUAUCCGACCAUUGAAUGAAUGAACGUCUGCAUAUUGUUCCAAAACUGUAGAAAACUGAAAUAUGUAGAAAGGAAUAUUGCAUUACAUUUUUUUAAAGAAUUGAUUUUUAUAAUUAAAUUAUUUUUCAAUAUUUUCUAUUGUCAUUUUUCUAUUCUCUGUACAAUAGUGUUUGAAGGUCAGCUUGAGAUGUUGCAAGAACAAAUGAUUUCUUUAUUUUAAAUGUUAUUUUUUUAUUGUCUUUAUAUUUUGUGCUUGUAAAUACAACCGAUGAUCAUUUUACAUUUGUCCAAAUUUGCACUGAUUUUUCUUUCUUUCUGUAAAUCCAUGAUUAACAAAGAUAGUGAGCACAUUAUUGCAUAAAGUUGAACAAUAUUUGUUUUUUGUAUUCUCCAUGUUGCUACCAUAAAGUUGAUAAAUAUUUUAAAUGUGUAAUGAAGGUGUAAAGACUGUUUGUUUGUUUUAUGGCACCUCAUUAUUGAAUUAUAUCCUGAAGUAUAAAAUUCUUCAUAUUAGGUUUGAUUGCUAUUUAUUUAGUUAACCUUAAUAUGGGAUAAACUAACAUAAAUACUACUUUUAUACAAAUACUCUGACGUUACAAUAACAGCAACAGAACAGAAUGUUUAUAUCCAGUAACAGAUAAAGAUAAAAUCUGUACAUGCUCAUUGUUGGGAUGAUAAAACUACAAAUACUCAUGGGAAGUCACAUUUAUGAGAUGGUAAGUCAUUUUCAUUCCAAAAAUAAUGAGAUAAUUGUAAAGAGUUGCCAUUUUUGGCACUUGGAAAUGACCGGUAAUGGAAAA